ACUGAAAUAAAAGAACGAAUAAAUUAUAACUGAAAGGAGUUUUGUCAAACAGGAUUGCCAAAAAUAAAAACUUAACAUAUAUCUAUAGAUACUAGAAAGUGUGAACAUUCAUAUAUAGAGGAGUAGUUACGUUAGAGUAUUUGCGGUUACAAAAACUAACUACUUUUAGGGGUGUUUUCAAAAUAGAAAUUUCGUGACAUCAACAUGAACUCUAGCAUUUGCUUUAUUUAAUAGUAUAGAUGCCAUCCAUCAAUUCACGACCAAUUUCUAUCUUCUUCGCAUUACGAAAACUCAUAGAAAUACCUUAGACAAUGCCACAAUCUGUUUGAUUUGGGCCCAUGUCAUCAUGUGGGACUUGUAGCUGUUGAGGCGUUACCCUAGGAGCACAGAAUAACUUCUCCAUCCUAUGGCCUUUUUAGUAUUUAAAGCUCCUUCCCUUUUAGGCUUCUCCUUCCCUUUCAGGCUUCUCUUAUUUAUUUAUUUUUCCUGCUACAAAAUUCUGCUAGUCUGCUAGGUUUUUGUAAUUGGUAAUCUUGUUUGACAAAACUCCUUUUAGUUGUAAUUUUAUUCGCUUUUAUGUUUCAGUGAGGCUAUGAGUGUUUAGAUGCGAAUCCAACCCGAAUUGUGUUUGUGUAGAGGAGUUUGUGCUGACAUUCCAUAUCUUGAGAAUUCCUUAUUUGUCACUUCGCUGACUAUGUAUGGGGCCCGAAGCCAAAAGUUGUUUCACCGCUCGAGCGGUCAUUUGUGUCCUCGAACAGUGAAGUGGAUCAUCCAGUAUUUCAGCCUCCAUUUAGAACUUCUGGAAAAGGUGUUUUACUACUCAAACGGUUAGCCUCUAUGUUUUUCACCGCCUUUACUCACAUCACUUGAGUGACGAAGUGUGCGCUCGAGCGGUAUUCGCGGCUCUAUUUUUUAUAAAUUGUGUCGUUUUCUUUUUUUUUUUUUUGUUUAACCCAUCCAAAUUCUUAGAGAUAAGUAAAAUACAGAGUGUUCUACAUUAGAGGGUGUCUUAUAUGAGCUUCCUUGAUGUAUAGAAGGUGAUCAAUUGAUCAACGAACUACAUAGUGUCAAACAUCAAUGGUUGUUUUCGUUCCUUUAUUUACAUAAAGAGAGAAGUGUUCUUCGGUGGAUUCCGAAAUGGUUCAUCAUUGUGGAUUUUACAUCAGCGCUGUGGAUUCAACGUUGGCAAAGCAGUUUCAAAGUGAAAAUGGUGAUAGAAGAGGCACAUUGGGUUUGGUUCAAUUCAGACGUUGAUUUGCUAGAGACAUUGACAUCAACAGCAAAAAAAGAAAAAAGAAAAAUGGCACAUUGUUCUAAAAUUCGGUUAUUUUUUUUCAUAACUCUACUAGUGGCUUCAACCCUUACAAAUUCGCAUGCACGUGAAAAUAACGAAAAUGGCAUGAAAUCUGCUGUCUAUUUAUCGCCUAAAUUUGAGCUCAAACCCGGAUCAGUAGCCAACAGAGUCUUCAACAACAUUGAUUUUCCAAAAGGUCAUAUCGCUAUCAAGAGUUUCAAUGCUGAAGUAGUUGAUGAAGCGGGGAAUCCCAUCCCCCUCCAUGAAACCUAUCUCCACCAUUGGAUCGUACUCAGAAACUAUCAACGCAAAGGCAUUGAAUCUCCAAAAAACAAAUCUGACAACAUCAUAGUGAGUAACUCUGGACUUUGCAAAAAUGGUCUAGAGCAAAUUUUUGGGCUCGGAUCUGAGACACGAAGAACAGACACACACGUGCCGGAUCCUUAUGGAAUUGAAGUGGGUAAUCCAAUAGAAAUCCCUCAAGGAUUUGAGGAGAGGUGGUUUAUGAAUGUGCACGCGAUUGAUACACGUGGUGCGGAAGAUAAGUUGGGGUGUACUGAGUGUAGGUGUGAUUUGUACAAUGCUACUGAGGAUGAAAAUGGGGAAGCUUUGAGGAAAGGGUACAUUGGAGGCAUGGAUUGUUGCCAUGAUGGGACAAAGUGUAAGGUGAGAGAAGGGUUUGAGGGUGUGAAGAGAACGCUAUUUAUGAGAUAUACAGUUAAAUGGGUCGAUUGGGAUAGUUCUAUUGUGCCUGUUAAAAUUUAUGUACUUGAUGUCACUGACACUUGGAAGAAGGGUGAUUCAAAUGCACUCGACACAAAACAUCAUUGCCUGAUAGAGUAUGAUGUUGAGUCUUGCGCUGGCACCAGUGUAAGUAAUGAAGGUUGCAUUGACAAUAGAACAGUGAGCUUGAGUAUGCCCACUGGUGGCAAUGUCAUCUAUGGUGUUGCACACCAGCAUACCGGUGGAAUUGGUUCUACUCUUUAUGGAGAGGAUGGACGGAUUUUAUGCUCUUCAAUACCAACAUAUGGAGAAGGAAAGGAAGCAGGGAAUGAAGAAGGUUACAUUGUAGGAAUGUCGACUUGUUAUCCUAAUCCGGGCUCUGUCAAGAUAUCAGAUGGGGAGACUCUUGUUCUGGAAUCUAUUUACAAUAGAAGCCAAAGCCACAGUGGAGUUAUGGGACUAUUCUACAUUUUGGUUGCAGAUGAUAUUUUACCAAACAACCCCAAUUCUGUAGUCCAUGCUCCAGUUGAAAAACAAGAAAAGAUGACAGUACCCAAUUCUGUAUGGGGUGUAACCUUGUUUGGAGUUGCAAUAGCCAUUGUUGCAGUUGUUGCUUACCACCGAAGGAGUAAAAGAAAAAAUGGCUACCAAUCAAUAACAAUGUCAACACAGCAUCGUAUUGAGUCUUCAUAGACUUUGUGCAGAUUCUGGUGAUAUUAAAUCGUGUAUGUAUGUAAUACCUUGAAAAAUAAAUUGAAGCUUUGUCAUCUACAAGCUGGUCAUUUUGUUAUCUAAAUUCUAGUAACUAAAUCUAACAUGUAAAGAGAUUGUUUGUGUGGCUGCCAUAGAUUCUGAUAGUCUAACCCUCUGUUUGUUUGGUAGAAUUUUUUUUCAAUAGAAGACAUUUCCUAUUUUCUAGCUUUGUGGGGGAGCCA